AUGGCCCAUGUAGAAGAGCUUGUGGACUUUUUGGGAGAUAAAUAUGACGGACAAUUAGGAGCAGCCACUUCCACUCAUGAAGACAAUAUGUACUUAUUUUUGGGAGAGAUUUUUAGAACUUGCCAUGAUGCUACAGCAGAAGCAAUGAGAAGGACAUUCGAAUGCCAAGAACAGAUUGGGCGAGAAACGAACUGGAUUGAAAGGAGAGAUUGCAAGGUUAAUGCCACUGGUAGAGCCCAUCACACUAGACGAUGCGAUCGCAAGUGUGUGAAAACUGGAAACUGGAGAAUACUAUACCGGCAGAAGAAAGGAGAACAAGGACAUAGAACCCAUGAAUGUCCUGAGCCGCCAAGGAGAAUGCCACCACAAGUUGCCAACCCUCAUGACGCGAACCUAUGUGAAGUAGAAAACAGAACCUACUGGGAGAGUUGUGAACCAGCCACGACAAACAGAACAAACAUGACUGGUACAACAGGAAGAGCGCACCCAAUCAACACAACCAGUAGAAAUGGAGAUCACGGCAGAAUCUGCAAAAAAGAAUGCCAUGCCAUGAGUCAAGUGCCAGAGAGGACCGUCAGUAGUAGACCAAGCACCCCUAUACAAUGUUGCAGAAGACUUGUUGAGUUAGAGAGCUAA